AUGUUCGCGUUUGCCAUCGUAAAGACACGGACUCAUUUCACAGUAAAACAAGAGAGUCGGGUGGGACAGCAGACAACACAGGCGAGGGACAAAUGCCGCAGCCUUAUGAGGAGACAUCCACCAAUGGCAGUUGGCAAGCCCCAUGUUUCUCCUGGCAAGCAUUGCCUGGAGGUUCAUUAUUGGCCUGCUUGGUUGCAACAACAAAGGCUGCUGGAGGCAGAAUCCCAACUGGACAGGGCAGUGAAGGAGUGGAAGUCGUACACGUCGGAACAGCGACAUAAUUGA